AUGACAAAGGGUUUGGGUUUCAGGCAGUACCGAGCGUGCGUUCGAUGCCGUUCGCGGAAGACGCGUUGCGACUUAGGCUCUGGUGGUGAUGCUGGAAAACCUCCUUGUGCAAAAUGUCUUAGAGAGGGUGCCGAAUGUAUUCUUGCAGGUUCCCGAAGAGGAGGUGAUUAUUCUCACCAUCGUCGCUCGCGUCAAACUACCAAAGACUAUCGAGGAAAGACAGCCCGUUCGGUAUCUUUAAGCGACCACGUCUCUCCGCAACAGACAAGCAUUGCAAAACCCAGAGAAGAUAACGUCCAUGACAAGCUACAGAACCCUAGCGAUGCUCUGCUUGUGCUUGCACAUGCAGCUGGUCAACCUGAAGAUGAAGAUGGCUUGGACCAGAAUCAGCAUGCGUCCAACGAAUAUGAGAGCCAAGUAAAUGGAACAGAGGCGUCACCAUCAACCAUCACGAUGCAGAUAGCUCGACCUGGCCACCUACAACCAGGAAUGGCCAGUGAGGCAACCGUCAACGAUUACCCUCCGGUCAAAGAUAGGACUCUCGAUCCGAUCAUUCUUAUACAGUUAUUGAGGCACUAUGCAGACAAUUUCCACUGUUUCUUUCCCAUAGUCCCCACGGAUGUAUUAAGACCAGAAUGCAUCCUUGAGACAAUUAAAACGGAAACGUUUCUCCUCACAGCUAUCCUAAUUGUUGCCUCAAAAGAGCGGCCUGACCUCACAGAAACGCACAAAUCCAUCUGGGAGUACAUGAGAGGUCUGAUUCUGAACGUGGUCCUGGGCAGGGCUUCCGUCCGUAAGGUCGGGACCGUCGAGGGCCUGUUACUAAUGGGUGAAUGGACCCUGCACAACCGGACCCAAGUUGAUGAUGGUGAUGAAGCUGCGGCCUGGUCAAUCGUUGGUCUGGCUGUGAGACUCGCAUACUUGCUACGUUUAGAGGAUAGUGGCUUCAAGGGAGAAGAUGUCGAGCUUGAUUCUGUUCAUCGAGAAAGACUUGCCUGGACAUUCACAUAUCUCUCAGACCGUCAGAUCUCGAUUCGAAUGGGCCAAGCUUUUUGGUGCCGAGGUCCCGCUCUCUCAGCACGUUUCACUGCCCGAGACUUCCCGACGCUGCAGCCUACACGGUCUCACGAUGAAGACUUUGCUUCGUUUAUUCAAGCUCAAGUCGAAUUAACGACGCUCUUCGGUAACGCACACGAUAUUCUCUUUGCCUCCAGAUCAAGGACCGCUGAGCUCAUGAUGCGAGGUGACUACACCAAAUACGUCGAUGACACAACAAAAGCCAUGUAUUCGUGGCAGCAUGCAUGGGCAUCUUUGUCCAUCUCACCCCAUCUCAAGAGUUGCUUGAUUUUAAUGCAGGAAUAUCUUCGUCUCUAUGUGAACGCAUUUGCGUUUCAAGCCGUCAUCUACCGUGCAUCCAUCAACAAUGGUACUGGCUCUGAUUCUUCGAAUGAUUCUAGGCCAAGAGCUUCUAAAAUAUUUCCUGACUCUGCAAUGGCGAGUCCCGAUGCGCGACAUAUUUACGAAGCUGCCGAUGCUGCAGAGGCGUUGAUCAGGAUUGCGACAGAUGACAUACAUCCCGAGAAGCACCUGCGCUACAUGCCUGCACGCUUCUACCUUUACGAGAUUCAUUCCGCUGUUUUCUUAUACAAAGCUCACGCCUGUGGUGCCAUUUCUUCAGGAAAGCAUACUCAUUUAGCAUGUCUAAUGGGUCGCUUUAUUUCAGUUCUCAAAGUUGCCGCAGUUGAUGAGAAGCACAUCGCGGCGUCAUAUGCGAGGCUUUUGGAGGGACUGUGGUUCAGACGAACGCAUACUUUGUCGGUCAACAAUGAAAAUCUGAACAACAUCAAUGACGAACUGGGAAAUUCUGCGAUGGCAGAUACACUGCCAACCGUGGGAACAGAUGCUUCCAUAGCUCAAGUUCCUUACUUUGACGAUCUUGGCCUGCAAUCAUUUGAUUGCACAGAUACAAUGGACGGUUUAUUUUCAAUGCCGUCAGUUGCUUCAUGGGAUCCGAUCUCUUUCUUCAAUAUCACAGCUUAA